AGAGGCGGCGGGAGCCCCGCUACCACAGGAAGUCGCGCCGGCGAGGGAGGAGGGAGGAGGCGGAGCUGUGCCGCUCGGCCCGAGUGAUUUUUGGAUUGAAAACAAUGGGUAGAAAAGAUGCCUCCACAUCAAGGACUCCUGUUGACCAGUACAGGAAACAAAUAGGGAAACAAGAUUAUAAGAAAACCAGGCCUAUGUUAAGAGCUACAAGAUUAAAAGCAGAGGCCAAGAAAACUGCACUAGGCGUAAAGGAAGUUGCCCUUGUCCUUGCAGCUAUACUGGUAUUUUUGUUGGCAUUCUAUGCUUUUUUUUAUCUUAAUGUUUCCGAUGAAGUGGACCUUGAUCUGGAUCCAGAUGAAAACUAGCAGAUGCAAUGAAUCUAUCAUCAAGAUUUCUUCAGCUGCAACAAGACUACAUAGGAACACACAGUCCCUUCACUGUAAGACUGUAAAUGAUGCCAUUUCUUCAGUCCAAAUUAAUAAGAAAGUUUUGCAAUACAUCUAUGACAUUCCAGAUCUCCAACAUAAGAACACUUAUGCCUGGCCAAGUGUAUUUGUCGAACACCAAAGCCAGGAGCAACAGUACAAUACAUGAAGUUUAUUGUUUACAUUAUGUUUUUCUCAGGCAGAAAACUUUGAUGUCAAAAGACAGAUGCUACUAUUAUCAUGGGUAAUGAUGCUGACUUCACAGGAGUGUCUGCCUUGACCGAAUUUAGGAAUCUGAGCUUCCUAAUAACCAAAUUAGUUUUCUGUUCCUUUCUGAAAAGAAAGCAGAAAUACCAAAUAAAAAGUCUUUUCUUCAUUUGUGUUUAUAAUGUAUCAAAACACCCUCAUCCUUUCUCUCUGUUUUAAUCUUUCUUGUGCAUGUGUGCGCAUGCAUGAAGAUGGGAGAAAUUGUAGGAAAAGAAUUGUAGGAAAAGAAUCUUCUUACAAGCAGUCUGUCACCUUGUAUAUGGACUUAAUUUUCUGUCAUUCCAGAUUCUGUGUGCCCAUAUAUCUGCAGUAAUCUUUUUCAUUCUUUUGCCAACUGUUCAGCACACAUGUGUUCUGUUAGAAAUGGCACCUGGAUGACAGAAGCUCUAACAUUCACAUAUGCUUCUGAAACACAGUUCUUUGCCUCCUGUGCUGUCUGAACUAGUGUAAAUAGAAAGUUUAGUUGAUGUUGGUUUUAAUUAGUGUAUUGGUCUACUAUUAAUAUAAAGUCAAAAUUGUGUUUUAAUUAUGCUCUUCCUGAUGGUUUUGGUAUCAACUUGCUCUACCUAUUAGGGGCAUGUUGUAUAAAAACAUUCCUUUACAGCUAUACAAUCAUUUUAAUCAUCAAACUAAUGUGAGAAGCUGUAAGUAAUAAGAAAACAUUUUUUCUCCUGGCAUACUAAUAACUGGUAAAUCUUGGCUCCAUUACAUCCUUCAGUUCUUGCAAAGUACCUUUCAAAUUAGGCACUGUAGAUAGCAUUUUUUUCCUUUUCAUAGCCAAAAGCCACUUGAAGAAUUUGGUGUGUCAGAGCAGCUGCAGGGAGCUUUAAAAUUCUGGCUUUAUCCUGUUCUGCUUUGAGUUUGGCAUAUAACUGAGCUUGUGGAUGUACAGACUCAGUUUUGAUCCCCUUAAAAGUGUGGUCAGUCUUUCUCUGACUGAGAUUCAGUUCCGAUUCUGUUCGAUAUCAAGAAUAUGUAAAGCCACUGGUGCUGAAUGUCACAAGGAAAUUUAGGCAGGCUGACUUUCAGAAAAGUUUUCGUAAUUCUGAGGCUUGGUUUUGCCUUUGACAUAAAUUUCAGAGCUGAAUGUUAGAUUUAAUUGCAACUGAGGUAUUUACUGUCUUGUUCCUGAGAUGCCUGGCUAAGAUUUCUUAUAGUGAUUUUGAAGACAAAGGGAUACAAAUCACAGCAAAUACUAUAAUGGAAAAUAUAUUUCUUUUAAAUUGACACAGUCCCAUUAUCACCACUUAAGAAACUUGGAUCAAUACAGUUAAUUUUUAAACCAUAUAGUAACUAUGACCAUAUACAUUAUGAGUCUCUAAGGAUCCACUUCAUAUGUGUCAUAGUGUUCAUUCACUUUAUGCCAUGCAAAACGACAACUCUAGAAAUUCAGAGUACAACAGUCUUCCGAAAAAUAUAUGAAAGAGAAAAUUAUAUAUGCAAAUAUAUCUCAUUUUCUACGUAUGACUCUUACAGACACAAAAUCCUAACAUUUCUGUAUGCAUAUGAUUUACAGUCUGCUACUAGUCGCACACUUGACCAAACACCUUGCAACAUGUUGAAUUUAUGGUGAAGCAUUAUCUGACACAUGGCCCAACUUCCAGUGGAGGGAAAAGCAUAUCACAAUCUGUCUCCUUGGAUGUGACAUGCCUUUCCCUCCACCAGCACACAUCACAGAAGCUGCAGACCUCUCCUGUUACUCCUCUCCUGUUACUUUACACUAGCAGUUUUCAUGUUCUAUAACAUGCUGAAGGGAUUGCUUCCUUAAUGUCAGCAUAUAGCUCUCUGGGUCAUGUAUGAUCUGAGAAAGAUAUGUAGUUACUCCCUUCAUGCAGGUCAUCUCUCUCAAUGAUCUGCUCUCUCUCUCUCUCUCAUAACCUGCUCUCUCAAUUGGUUGCAUUAAAAAGCAAGAAGUUCUUACUGUCAUAUUUAUGAACAUGAAGUUCCUAGAACAGGAAUAUUCAAUUUCCCAUAACUGUGAAUAAGAUGCAAUCUGAUGUACGUAUAUAUGUGAUUCUAUCAGCUUCCCCGAUGUGAGGCUUAUGAGUCCUUAUUGCCCACAGUUUGCUGUUUGUCUAGUGGCUUUGUUUGGAUUAGGUCUUUUCAUUUGCAUGAAAGAUCAUGAAAUCAUUGAGUGGUUUGGGUUAGAAGGGAUGCAAAAGAUCAUCUAUUUUCAAUACCUCUGCCAUGGGCAGAGAUACCUUCCACUAGAGCACAUUGCUCAAAGCCCCAUCCUGGUGUCAAACACCUCCACGAAUGGGGCAUCCACAGCUUCCCUGAGCAACCUGUUCCAGUGCUUCACCACCCUCAGAAUAAAUAAUUUUUUCUCAAUAUCCAAUCUAAACUUACUCCCUUUUAGUAUUAAUCAGCUCUCUCUUCUACUUUCACAGCAUGCUUUUGUAAAACGUCCAUCUUUUUUGUAGGCUUCCUUUAGGUACUAGAAGGAUAUUCUCAUGUAACAGGAAAAUUUCUUUUUCCUUAGACCAGGUAGAGUUCUGUUCAGUGUAUGUAGAAAUAUGUGGUAAAUAUUGCAGCAAAUACACAUCUUCUCUUAUCAGUACAAUAAUUCCUAAUGGGACAUGUGGCUUAUUUUGCCCUUAAUUAUAUCUGAGAUUGAACUAUGCCUUUUGGAUUUUGGACCAUCUAUCUUUGUACGAGUUGCUCGGUGUCUAUUUUAUUAAUAAAUGAUUUUUUUCUAUUUGGUUCUCUUAUUAAUGUUGAACAUACUGAAUUAUGUAUACAUUUGAAAGGACAGUAAAGCAAUCUAAACAGCACAAUGUUCAAAAGUAAGCACUGAUGUCAGUUUUAGAAUAUCUGGAUUAUUUUAGGCAGUUCUAGCUGCUAAACUCAUAUAAAACUAAAUGUGGCCUAUGAAUAUGUAAAAUACAAUGAAGAGAACUUCCUUUGGCAUCCUACCCAAUACUAAUAGAUCAGAUCUCUUUCUGGAGUUGAUCCAUGCAGCUCUAUCACUUCAGUUGUACAAGACUUUUUUUAUUAAAAAAAUUAGUAAUUUUAUAUGCUUGUUUCAAAGAAGGAUUGCUGAUCAAAUAAUUUACAUGGCACACCUGGCUUAAUGAGUUUUUUCAAAGAUAUUCACCUGAAGGAAAAGGUAGGCAUCAGUAGUUGCCCUCUACUCCUGGAGUAAAUUGAAUUUCUUUCCAGCAGAGGUUGUGGAGGAAAUGCCUAUACUGAGUCCUUGUGCUGUGGGUGGGAGCAGAUGUCCUGUCUGGAAUAAUCUCUGCCUAGGAAGGCAUAACAGUCUUCCAGAAGUGAUUUUGCUCUGUAAAUCUCCCUAGGUGGUUUUCCUUUUCUCUUUGACUCUUCAAAAGCAGAACCAGCAUGUAGACCAUCUCAGGACAGAAGCCUCAGUCUAGUAUUUCUACUAGUGCUUCUAGUGAACAUUGCCAAGGAAGGGCUCUAGCUCUACUAUCUAGAGUCCAUAAAUAUAUUUUACUGGAAGCUUAGGGGGUGUGUUAAGCAUUUCCCUAAUAGACCCUAGAGAUACAUUUAAACUUUUCUUGAAGAAUGCUGUGGUUAAUGUUCACUGUUGCAUAUCAUAUAGACACCAUGUGAUUCAGAAUCAGCUCCUUCCAUGCAUCAGACCAGCUGCAGCAGGUUUGUAGCAGGACAUGUAGACUGGGAGAUUGUGCUGCAACAUAACUGCAAGUAGCUACAACAAGAGCAAACUAUCUGUUUACUUAGGUGUCCUCUAGAGCAGCUGACCUAAAAGUUUUUCUUGAAAACACAGGUUUUAAACAAUUCUACUAAAGGAAAGCACAGUGAAGGCCCUACAAAACAGUUCAUGCCUCUUCCAUGAAGCUUGCUACCAUUCAUCUGCUGACUUAGGGCCAAGUUUUGAAUGCUGCCAUUUUCAGAAGGAAGAUGGUGCUAGGAGCUCCCAGCAGAGUGAUGAUUGAUAGGGGAUUGUCAUCCCUAUAAGGCACAACUGAGCCACUUGGUGAAGGUCAAAUGCAUUCAGGACAAUCCUCUGUAGAGAACUGUACUUGAAAAGCAGAGUAGGCAAGUUAGAGUGCCAACAAAAGAGACUACAGAUCUUGAUUGCAUUUCAAGUUCUACUUAGAGUAGCAUAGUAAUUAGUGGUGCUUAUGACUAAGAAAAUAACAGUAUGGCACAUCAAUAAGACAGCAGAAAUGCGAUGUUGGAACUGCAUCCUAAAAGAUUUUACAGUGGAUUAUGCCUGCACUUUGGGAAGUGAAGCCAUGAGAUGAAUAAAUUGGCAAGGAUUAUCUGUGAUCUUAUGCUUACAAUAUUUUUUCCUGAAAAGAGCCAGUGGAGAUAUUUUGCAGUACUUUUCUCUAUCAUCCUCUUAGUUUACUGGAAUGCAUUUUUGUAGAUGUAUUUCUUUCUACACAUUUCCAAGAGUGAAAAUAUAUUUUUUUGCAGUUCAUCAAUUCAUUUAAUUGACAGAAUCCUCUACUCAUCCUUUUAUCCCCCCUUAAUCACAAUCAAAUUAGUGGGGAGACAGCCAAAAUGUUAGGUACCAGUGUCUCUCAAGCAGAUGUCACACCACUAUUUUUUAGCUCGUUUAAAUGAAUAAACAUGUUAAACUGUGAAGUAUUACAUUUUAGAUUUUUUCAUUAAAAAAAAUGGGACAAUCUGUUUACUGUCCUUAAUUGAGACAACAAUCCUUGUGGUUGCCAGUUUUGGCAGUUGUAAUGAUGAACUAUAAAUAUUGGGACAGACUGACUGAUGAUUGUGGAGGAUAGUUCAAGUACAAUACUCAUUCUGCAUGAAUACUUUUUUCAGUGCUACAUUUUUUCUAGCUUCUGUGAUUGUUGUACUGGUUUUGCAUGUUAAAAACAAAUAAAUACCUAACUAGUCAAUCA